AUGUUACAUUUCAAUCCAUAUAAACGUAUCACAGCACUUGAUGCAUUAAAACAUCCUUAUGUUCGUAGAUUUUAUUGUCCAAAUGAAAUAAUGAUAAUGAGUCAUCAUGUUACUCCACCGUUAGAUGAUAAUGUACAAUUGACUGUAUCUGAAUACCGGGAUAGAUUAUAUCAGAUGAUUCGUUCAAAAAGACCAGAGACAACAAUAUUACAUGAGAAUAAUAAUAUGUCCAAAAUUGAUCUUAAUGUUGUUAAAUCGUCAAAGCAUGAAUUAUCUUCAAUUCCUAUAUCAAUUGAUCAUAAAUCAAUUCAACAAAUCAAUAUAUCAUUGAAUCCCUUUAACACAAAACAAUCAAUACAACAGCUUAAAAAUAAUCAUGAUAAUUGUACAACACCAUUCCAAGUACAAGUUGAUUUAAUGCAAUUAAAAGUACAAAAUAAUCAAUCAAUAAUUGAUUCUAAUAAAAUACCAAUUACUAAAUUAACGACAAUGUCAACAACAACAACAACAACGACAACCUUUUCGAUUAGUAGUGAUAAUAAUGACAAUACUAAAAGUAUGAAUAAUAAUAAUGAUACCAUGACAAAACCAAGUUCACAACGAUUAUGUAAUCAACAGAUUAUUCAUAAGCAUAAUACUGUUAAUACAUAUAAAAAUGAUUAUGAUAACUAUUAUGAGAAUGAUAACGAUGGUGAGAUUCGUAGUGUUGUACAACAGUCAACAUCACCAUUUCAACAACAUCAUUUACAACCUAUAUUGAAUAGUACAAUGAUAUAUUCCAAUUCUCCUCUCCUUAUUGGUCAUAGUAAGGGGAUACGUUCAAACUCAGUGAAUAAACUACCAACAACACAAUAUUCAACUGUCAGUCCAUUAUCACAUUCCCACAGUCAGUAUCUUACACAGGGAAAUGUUCAAACUCACUCGUACUUCAUCAUCAUCAGUCAUCGAAUUGCGGCUUCCAUCAGAGUGAUAGUAAUUCAAGUGUCAUCGGUAGUGGUAGCUCUCAACAGUCACUUCCGUGUCAUCAUCACCAUCAUCAUCAUAAUAAUAACAAUGUGA